AGCCUGAUAUUUUCAGAUUUUAUUCUUUGUGCAUCUGUUCUCUUUUUAGUCUAAUGGAUUUGUUUUUGGCUCCAUCACUCAGUUUCAUGACUGAUUUUUUUCAUAUGUUUAGUAUGGCUGACAAGUGCAGCACUCUAAAGUGCACGUUUUCUGCUUCUGGACACAGUUCAACACUUCUGCAAGGACUUGCUGCUCUACGUGCUCAAGGACAACUUCUUGAUGUAGUUCUCACUGUAAACAAUGAAAGUUUUCAAGUGCACAAAGUUGUCUUGGCUGCCUGCAGUGACUAUUUCAGAGCGAUGUUCACAGGAGGCAUGAGAGAAGCUACCCAAGAUGUAAUUGAGUUGAAAGGUGUGUCGGCAAAGGGGUUGAAACAUAUUAUUGAUUUUGCAUACAGUGCUGAAGUCACACUGGACCUUGACUGUAUACAGGAUGUACUAGGAGCUGCAGUUUUUCUCCAAAUGGUGCCAGUUGUGGAGCUUUGUGAGGAGUUUCUCAAAUCUGCCAUGAGUGUUGAGACAUGCCUGAACAUUGGGCAGAUGGCAACAACUUUUAGCCUUUCUUCCCUGAAGGAGUCUGUAGAUGCAUUUACCUUUAGGCACUUCCUUCAAAUUGCUGAAGAAGAGGACUUCCUUCAUUUACCUCUAGAGAGGCUUGUCUUUUUUCUACAGAGCAAUAAACUGAAAAAUUGCAGUGAGAUUGACCUGUUCCAUGCUGCAAUCCGUUGGUUGCAGCAUGACCCAUCUCGACGUGCAAGUGCAAGUCAGGUUCUUUGUCAUAUUCGUUUCCCACUAAUGAAGUCGUCUGAACUUGUAGACAAUGUCCAAACAGUUGACAUCAUGGUAGAAGACAUUUUGUGUAGACAGUAUCUGUUGGAAGCCUUUAACUACCAAAUCUUGCCAUUCCGGCAGCAUGAGAUGCAGUCCCCUCGAACCACUAUCCGCUCAGACAUUGUCUCUCUGGUAACAUUCGGUGGUACUCCUUACACAGAUAAUGACAGGACUGUGAGUAGCAAAGUAUAUUACUUGCCAGACGUCACUGCACGCCAAUUCAAGGAAUUAACUGAGAUGGAGAUUGGCUGUAGUCAUGCUUGUGUUGCAGUGCUUGACAAUUUUGUUUAUGUAAUAGGUGGGCAACAUUUGCAGUAUCGAAGUGGUGAGGGAGCAGUAGAUGUUGGUUUCCGAUAUGAUCCUCAUCUGAAUCUUUGGCUACGAAUACAGGCAAUGCAGGAAUGUAGAAUACAGUUUCAUUUAAAUGUGUUACAUGGAAUGCUGUAUGCAACUGGAGGAAGAAAUCGGUCAGGAAGCUUGGCAUCUGUUGAACGAUACUGUCCAAGAAAGAAUGAAUGGACAUUUGUAUGUUCUCUUAGUCGCCGGACUUGGGGUCAUGCAGGUGCUUCUGGAGGAGGCAAGUUAUAUAUAUCAGGCGGAUAUGGAAUAACCGUGGAGGAUAAAAAAUCUUUACAUUGUUAUGACCCAGUGACAGACCAGUGGGAAUUUAAAACCCCAAUGAAUGAACCAAGAGUCCUUCAUGCCAUGGUCACUGUAAAUGAUCGGAUUUAUGCACUUGGAGGCCGCAUGGAUCAUGUGGAUCGCUGCUUUGAUGUCUUGGCUGUAGAGUAUUAUGUGCCUGAGACUGAUCAGUGGACAUCUGUGAGUCCAAUGAGAGCUGGUCAAUCUGAAGCUGGUUGCUGCUUGUUGGAGAAGAAAAUCUACAUAGUAGGUGGUUACAACUGGCAUCUGAAUAAUGUGACAAGCAUUGUUCAGGUAUAUAAUACAGAGACUGACGAGUGGGAGCGUGACUUGCACUUUGCAGAAUCGUUUGCUGGUACUGCUUGUGUGCCAGUCAUAUUGCCACAGAUUACAACGCAGCGAUAGCUGAGUUUCCUAUUUAAACUGCUGAACUCUGCACCUGUAAAUUAAUAUGUCAAAAGAAAAGAGAAUUUUGCAGGUUUCACUUAUUUAUUCUGGCACAACAGCUGAUUUCUGAAAUCAUUCUCAAAAUGACAGAGACCAAAUUUAUUUUUCAGAUUGUGACUUGUAAUAUCACUUGAUGUCCUUUCAUUUCACUGUUGCAGUAUUCUUAAUAUUAGGGAUCCCCUGCCUAGGGCAUCCUGAUGUCUGGCAAGUAUACCAAAGCUUUAGGUUGCUUUAAGGUAUGCAGUAUGUCACACAUAUGCUCCUCGUGUAGCAUAGGGCAUAAAGUUGACAUUCAGACGUACCAUCCUCAGAACAACUUUGCCGCCAGUCUAAAUGCCAUCUCUUGAUCUUUGGUCUGAAUGCCUACAUUCUGUUCCUGGUUUCACUGAGCCAUUGCAGAUAAGUGCACCAUUGGGGUUCUUUUUUUACUUGUCUUUUUGUUGCU